CAAUAUAUAAAUAGAAAAAUAAACAAUUCAUUUAAAACUUAAUUACCAUAAGGAAUCACCAAGAUGAUGUAAUAAUUAAAUUGCAUGACCUUUAGGGUCUUUUAUAAUUUAUUCAGAAUUAGCAUUCAUAAUACCAAUUCCCAUAGCAUUUUCUUUACCUUCCCCAUAAAUAGCUACAACCUAUCCUUUUUCUGCCUAAAAUAAUUAGUAAAGUAACUUACAGGAUUAAGAGAACCUCCUUAAGAAAUAAGUCCAGGAGCUAAGACAUCAGAACCACUUAAAAUAUGUUUAAUUGCUCCUGCAUCAACUUAUUAUUUAAUUAAUAGAUCUGGAAAUUUAUGAACU